GAUCUCUCUCUCUCUCUCUCUCUCUCUCUCUCUCUGGUUUCUGGGCUUCUUCUCCAGCACUAGUUUGGUUUAGCCGUGGAGAUCGGAAGGAGAGAUGGAAAGCAAACAGUCGAAUGGAUUAGGGUCGGGAAGCGGAAGAACUGGUUCCUCCAGGAAGGGGAAGAAGGAGCGGUCAAAGCAACCCCAGAGAGGACUCGGGGUGGCUCAACUGGAGGAGAUCAGAUUACAAAGUCAAAUGGACGAAUACGUUUCUUCGCUUAACCCCCCAUUCUGCAGCAAUCUCAACAUGGAACACUCGAGAGUAGAAAUGGCACCUUCAUCAUCAUCUCCCUUGUCGCGGUCAGGAUCUUCAUCCUUUGCACUCCGUCCUAAUAUGAUGGUGAGAUUUGGAGAUGCUGAAGAGAGAGGCAUCAUUCAUUAUGGCGAGCAUUGGUCGAGAUCGCAAUUAGAUCAAAGGAGGAGUGUUUCUUCUCCCCACUGCUAUGUGCCACCAACUUUGACACUGUCCCUCUUCGAACACAACACUGAGGAGGAUUCGGCACAGAAGAGGAAUCAGCAUGAUCCAAGAUUAGGAUCGAUCGGUCAGAGUUCUGAUACCAAUGAUGCGCAAGAACUAGACUUGGAUCUUAAACUGUCACUCUGAAUGCUUGCAAGAUCCCUUGGUGUAUAUUCUGCACAUCUGCAUGUAUUAUUAGUCUCAGUUGCAUAAUAAUGCAUGAGAAAAUCUUGUUCUGACUCCAAUAUCCAAAGUGUGAUGCAUCGAUGCAUAGAUAUGAUCUAAGCUUGCUUUGUCAUUUGUUAAAGCUGACUUCUAAUGACUGGUAUUGAGGCCAGUGCGAGAGUUCAAUUUUAUGGCACGAAGGGUGUGUUGAUACAAACGCAUCUCCUCAAUCCUGUGGAAGUCUGAAGCGAUUGAUGAUGUCUUGGAAUGAUAUCACACCUCUUUUGUCUUUCUGCUUUGAAGCCUCCACUUCAAUCCAUGAGCUCGCGCCAUCGUCGUCUCUAACACAUCAGUUGGUCCAUGAUGGAAGCGAGAACAGUAGUCGAGAGAAGACUUCCGACGAUGGCGGAUUUGCUCUCCU